AUGCCAAAACCUUUCGCCAGCACGCCGUCUGCAUCGUUCGUUGUUCGGCGUGAGAAACGGCGACGUCAGAAAGUUGAUGGCCCAAGUGACAUUGAGCGGAGGCCUCGACGAGGCUUCAAGUUUAGCGAUAAGAAGGAUGAAAAUAUCAGUGAGAUUCAUGCUGAAGCCACACCUGUGGGAAAGAGAAAACCUGGAACACCCGCAAAGGACAAUAUGUUUGUGUUUCGCGUGCGAAAAGACGAUGACAAAGACGUGAGUAAGAAACACGGCGUGGAUGCCGCCGCCGUGUCCGCAGCGCUGCGGGCGAAGCAGGAAAAGGCUGCAAGGGCCGAAAUGCGACGACUGGUGAGGCAAAAAAAGCGGGAAGAGGUGUUGCGUGAGGAAUUAAAUGAGGAAGAGAUGAAGCGCAAAAAUCUGUCAACCGACCAAAUGUUACUCUACCACAUGGUGCAACGUCAGGUUAAGCGCGAGCUUCGCAAGGUGAGAAAAGAAUUUCUCACAUCAGCUGCGCGGCGAGACAUCAUGCAGCUUAGUGAGAUUAGUCUUCAAACGAUGAAGCAGGAGCUGAUUUCAUUUAUGGCUGAGCAUCAACCUGGAAACGUCGCGAUCAAAAUUGCAAAUCCGGAGAAUGCACGGAUGCGCGCUAUGAUUGAAACAUGUGAGCAGCGAAUGAAGAGCUUGGUGGAGGAAGAAAAGAUUUGGCUCGAAAUGAAGACCACACUUGAGGUGGAACGAUUGGCCAUCUCGGAUGGGGCAGCAAGUAAGGUAGUCUCCGAUACAAGUAAGGAUGUCUCAGAUACAAGUAAGGUAGUCUCCGAUACAAUUGCUGUUGUCGCGCAAGAGGAAGAUGGACCGGAAGACCAUGAGGAACAGGAAAUUUUGCCUUGCGAACUGAAAGUCUCACAAAGCCUCAAUGAUCUCCAACGGACGGCAUUACAACAGCUUAGCUCAACGACGAAAAAGCUAUCCCUGCUAAACACAUCAAUGCUGACCGUAAAUCGGUUGAUCGUGGAGGCUGAGAUAAAAAAGGCACAGCUCUUUAGUGUCUAUCACGAUAGCGCUUUUAAGGGAUAUGACAAUAUAGCGCAGCCUAAAGAAAGCGUUCGCGCGCUCUUAAAGCUUCCAGCGCGUGGCGGUGUGCCGUAG